GCGUCGACCGUAUGAUUAAACUGUGCCGUUGAUUAUCUCUCUUAUUUCAUAGUAAAACAGGUAAACAAUUAAAAACUAAUCUAUAAACUCAUCGAGUUCUGCGAUUCCAGUGCCAAUUUUCACGUGAGCGUGCGAUUAACACGCGGAAAUAUUUUCAUAUCGAGAGAUUUUGGAACGAUUUCAAUUAUUAAAAAUAUGCAAACAUCUCUGUAAACAUAUUUAUUUUUCAAAGAUAUUUUAAAACAUGUGAGAAAGCUGUGAGGUCUUAAAUUGUGCGAGGAAUUUCGUGAUCUGCUUGGUGUUUUUUUUUGUAUAUUGAAUUGAAAAAUUGUGCGUGAUUGGUAUAUCAGAUGUUAUCAGGAUUUGUAAGAUGGAAGCUUCACUGAAAAUUCACGGUCAUCUGGCAGCUAAUGGUGCAGAUAUUGGUUGAUAAAUAAAAUCAGGUCAUAAGAAAAUGUGAUCGUCUACCGAACUAAGAGCUGCGGUGGUAUUACUUGCCUUCUGCACCCAUCUAGAAAUGGGCUGUGGCCACAGCAAAAUCAACAUUUAUCCCAGGAAAUCGAGAAAUAAAACGAAUAACAAAAAGUCAGCAACUCCUGAAAAAACAGAAGCGGAAGAAGAAGAAGGAGUAGAAACCGAUUUGGAAAAUAACGAAAAUAUCGAAGACUGCGAAGCGAGGAAAACAAUCAAAGUGAAGCCUUUUGGUGGACCCCUCUUAGCUCAAGCAGAAAUUUCAACAAGUCAGCAGGAUUUUUUCAAAAUGUUAGACGAAAAAAUUCAAAAUGGUCCCGAUUACAACUCAGAGAGUGAGUCUGAAAAAGCGGCCGAGGCAGCCAGAUUAAGUGCGCUUCUCAAGGACUGGGAAACAGCGAGUGCGGGCUCUAGGUCCCUGCCGGCGACCCCCAAACGUCGCCCCAAGCCUCCGCUUGCAGAGAAAAUUCGUUCUGAUGGCGUGCGAUCUGCUGAAAUCGCCAGAGACGGACCUCGACCCCCAGAAAGGGGCUACGUCUCACAGAUACCACAAAGUGUGAUUCAUCAAUCGUACGGUGUAACACAAGUACCCUAUAGACAUGUAAAUUAUCCACCCCCUAACUACAUCACCCAAAACCCUCCCCAACAAAUCUCCUAUCCAUCCGCGAUGCAAUACCAGGCCAUUAGUCCAAUGUACACCAGUCAACCCACCUAUCAACCUCCCCCACCACGGCAGUACCCCAGCUAUAACCAACACGGAAGUCCCAUUAAAACCUAUAUGAACAAUUCACCCAAACACAUUCCUUACGACCAACCAACUUAUAGUCCUAGUCAUAAACUGUACGGCCCUCCUGUUAGCAAACCAGUCUACAGCAACGGAGAGGUACUGCAACAGCAGUUCUACAGCCAAAUGCAGUACCAGCAGUACAAGGAAGCAAGGGAUCAAGUUUUACAGAACCAACAACCUACAGGCUUUAGGAUGCAGAGGAGUUACCAAAGCAGUGUUACCAUACCUAUAGUAGUGCAAAAUCAACAAAACGACAUGAAUGCACUGCACCGGAAGCAGUACGAACUCACGUGAUCAUAUCUGUAAAUUUUAGGACUUGCUGUUUUGUGUACCUCUUAUAGAAUUCAAAAUAGAAAAAUCAGGAACAAAUAUUUUGAUUGUCUGAACAAUACGCCACCUAUUGGACUGAUUGAAAGGUGGCGAGUCACAUUAGUUUUGUACCAAACUGUACUAAUAAAAUAUUAUUCCGUGAUUUUUGUUUUUAAAUGAAGAUUGUAAAUUAAAGUCUAUCGAUUGAAUUUAUUGGUAAUUUAGGGCAAAACGAGUUGAUUUGUUACUUUGAGAGAGUGAUGUACAAAGUAAUAUAAUUUUAUCGUUUCGUGGUAAAAAUAGCGUCGAAAGAUAAUAAAUUGAUUUACACACUUCAAUACCGAUGGAAAUAUAUUGAUGUAAUUAAUUGUUAAAAUGUCUGUUAGUUCAAGAUGAAAGGGUGCUUUUAAUAGAAUUGUUUAAAUCCGUGGAAAGUGAUUAGAUUCAACUAAACAUAAUAAUUGGUUUCGAUAUAACUAUGCGGACUUUGUUGUGCUUAAGCUUUACAAGAUUAAGUAUCAAAUCAACUGAAACCUGUAACAAAUAGAAAAAAUAUAUUAUACAUAAAUAUACAUAAUUGUUAGACAAACUCUUUAAAAUGUGAUAAUGUAGAUUUAGUGUAUAAAUGUUUCAUGUGAAACGCCAAACAAGGCUCGAUUUUGCUUUCAUUUCAUAUACGUAUCAUCGCAAUAAAUUUCAUUUUUUAUAUUAUCGUAACAGUAUUAAAUUUGUUAAGUAUCCAUGCCAUAUCAAUAUUUACAAAAACAAUUUUAUAGAAAAAAUAUUUGUUAAGAUUAGCUUUAUGUU